AUGAACGGUCUAAAUUAUAUACUUGAACCUUGUAUUUCUAAAAUGUACACCAGAAAUUGGUCAUUGAAGAGUCUGAGGUUUAUUUCCAAGUCUUCAAAAACUCCGUUUAAACGAAAAACUGAGGAUUCCACCCAAAAAACUUUGGAAAAACUUCAGGAAUACGACACUCCCCUUACACAUGAAGCCAUAAGGAGUGAUUCUUCUAAGCUUGACUGGAGGCCCUCGAAUGAUGAGCCGAAACCAGGUUUCGUAGUUCCUACGAGAUUUAGAAUCAGUUUAAACCAAAGGGUUUCAGGAAAGGACAUGAGCAUAACGUAUAGCAGAGACGUGAGCUCAACUAACACGUACACUGACUUCUGCGGGCUCAGGUUCCCUACGCUCGAAACAACGAGAAAUCGCAACUACUGGAAGGUAACCACAACGCGGAAGGUUGACCCCCUGAUGAGAGAGUACAUCUACUUCAUACACACGCUCGACCCAGGUAGAUUUAGAGUGGAGCGCAUAGGGGAGCGUUACGGGUACGACUCACGAGUUAUAGUCACCAAUACUUCAGAUUCAAAAGCUCCACAGCUGUGUAAAAUCGAGGAUAAGCGAAUUGAUCUGGGUGAACAGCGACUACAAAUCAAAGAGGCCGCCUAUAGAGACAAUGUGGGUUACAUUCAAAGGUCAAACGAGCAGGAGGACAGCGAAUUAGAAUACAAAGGCGAUAAGGAUACUGUGGACUGGCUAUACAGGCAGUCAGUCAUUGCUGAGUCAAUGUCCGCAUUUCCAUAUCCAUCAACGAGGAAACCGAUGCCCAAAAGGGUCGACGUGGACUUAACUGUAAAAAAUGACAAGAACGUUAAGGUGAUAAACUGGAUUGAUCCAACGGACAAAGUAAUAAUUUAA